AUGAGCGCAACUCCGAGACAGCGGACUGGUGGUUUUCCACAAACACCAGCGACCGCAGCACCGGGCAGAUCCCGACGACAGGACCCCGACCCGAACUCCUCCGUCUCCUCCCAGAAGAGCAGCCGAUCGUCUGCGCUUCCUCUGGCUCCCGAAAAUGCCUCCCGAGGCGGUGCCGCGACCGAGCCAGUCAUCCCUUUGACAAUCCUUGAUGCACCCCAACAACGCUUCUACGCCUUCGCCAUAUACGUCGGUCUGUUGGCAUGGAGGUUCUACGACUGGAUCAAGCUGGUGGAGGAUAACGACACCUCGGCUUGGCUGUUCCUCAAAUGGGUCUUCAUUGAUUUUGGAUUCUUGUUCGGCCUCCCGGAGAUGAGGAUACCAUGGCUAGAGAUGUCGCAACCCGUGGUUACGGCCAUUUUCCUCUUCCAUGCCUUUUUCAACUUCAUGUUGAUGUUCAAUAUCCCGCUUCCACUGCAGCCAUGGCUCGUCGGCUUUUUCAAGGUCUUCUACGACCGCGAGGUUGCCGUUUCAGAGCACACCGUGAAGGUCUCGAGCAUCCUGCAUAAUCACUCCUUGAUCAUGGGAAGACAGAUCAUCAACAUUUUGCCAGAGGGCUCUGCGGUUCUCAAUUUCGAGCAAACUCCUUUCUGCAUCGGCGAAGGUCGUGAGACCGUCCGGCUGCCGAUACAAUUCAACUCAACGGUGCCUGCCGAAAUGGAACUUACUCGCAUUGAUCUUGAUACCAACCAAGAGGAAACCAUUAAACUGUCUAGUCGCGAGGUUCGGAAGAUUGCGAAGCAGAUUAAAGACCAGACGACAGAGUCCAACCCAUUGGCCCACAUCAUCGAGUACCCAGUCAAGAAGACUGGUGUUUACCGUCUCGGCAAAGUUCUGGAUGAGUAUAAACUCGAGGUUCAGCGCGCAACCCGGGACACUUACGUUGUGCCAUGUCCCAGGGCAAAAUUCCGAACCCCUGACAAUGAAGACCGCUGUAUCAGGGACCUGUCCGAUUUGCUUGUCGAUGUCACCGGGACCCCGCCCCUGAAGAUUGUCUACAGCCGGACAGUGAAAGACAAGGACAAGAGCUUCCACUUCCAGAGUCUGCAACCCGAAGAUUACACAUCGCCCUUGCUAGGCUCGCCUGCUUCCUCUUUGACGCACGCCGGCGACGAGGAUACGUCUUGGGUCAAGCCACAAACCGUGGCAGUACGUCUGAACGAGACCCUGGAUGAGCCAGGUCUUUGGCAGUACGCCGUGGAUGAAGUUACGGACGGGUUUGGCAAUGUUCGGAAGUACGCGCCUUCAGCGGAAGAGACUGAAGCCCGUACCCGGCCGAAGGACCUGGCCCGCACCUUCAAGGUAAAGGAACGACCCAAGGUUAAGCUGGUAGGCUGCGAUCUACGCAACCCAAUCAAAGUUGCCAAGAAGACAGGGGCACGUCUACCUGUUCAUUUCUCGAUCGACGGCAACGCUGCAGACACUGCUCACAACUUGACGUGGGACUUUUCGCCCAUCGACUCGUUGACCAACAGUGGAGACCACGGCGACAAGGUUUCUGUGGUGUCUUACCGUGCUGCCAACUCCCACGAUCAGCCUCUUGUUUCGGAACCUGGGCUAUACACGCUCAAAUCAGUUUCAAGUGGCUUAUGCGAAGGAGAAGUUCAGGAGCCAUCCUCAUGCCUUCUGCUCAACCCUCUGGAGCCGCAGUUGUCGAUUCGCUCUGAGGAGAUACCCGACAAGUGCGCCGGCAACUCUGUGGGACUCCGUGUGGACCUGGACCUGAUCGGAACACCACCGUUCGUAGUACGGUAUGAUGUCGUUGAUGAAAAACUCAAGACCAGACAUGAAUCAGUUCAAGUCAAGGGUCUUAGACAACAAGUUGAGCUCAGACCCACGGCAGCUGGACACCACAAGUACAUCUUCAAGUCCAUUGACGACGCGAUUUACACGGGUCAGCGUUUGAGUCCUGAUAUAACACUGGAAACGGACGUCAAGCCGGCGGCUUCAGCGGUCAUUCAGCACACUACCGGAUCCAAGAGCGCAUGUCUGGAGGAACCAGUGGAGGUUGACAUACUUCUUCUUGGCGAUGCCCCCUUUUCUCUCGAAUGGGAGCUUGUGCACGACGGCAGGCGCAAGUCUGAGCGCGUCACUGAUAUUCAAGACUCGACAUACAAGAUCAAGACCAAGCCCCUCGCCAAGGGAGGAGAGUACACACUUUCCCUCAAUAGCGUUCAAGACAAAUCAGGUUGUCGCACAUUCCUCAAGGAUGAGCUGAAGAUCUCCGUCAGGCGUCAGCGUCCGCGUGCCGCAUUCGGCCUACUCGAGAAUAAGCGAAGCUUCAAAACGAUCGAACACGCAGAGGUCAAGCUGCCGUUGCGUCUUCAGGGAGACGGGCCUUGGACAAUUUCUUACCGCAAUGUCGAUCAAAGCGAUAUCGUUUACCAAAGGGAACUGAGAAGCAACAACGACAUCCUUCCUGUCAAGGCACGGGGCACGUACGAGAUUGUCGACGUCCGAGAUAAACAAUGCCCCGGGGUCGUGGACCCUCAGGCGUCUAGAUUCGAAGUCGAUUGGUAUCCUAGGCCAGAAAUUUCCCUGGUGCAAUCCGACACGGUCAUCUCGAAGGGUAAUGAAUAUGUCAAACGUGAUGUUUGCGAAGGAGACAUUGAUACGUUUGAAGUCAACCUCAAGGGUUCUGCUCCCUUCCACGUUGACUACAAUGUCAAGCACGUCCCCUUUCCUGGGACUGCUUCUAAGGGUCAUGCCUCCGGCAGUAGCAGCAGCAAAAAGGAUCUCGACACCUCUCUUAACAAAGCGUCCAUUCCGAUGGACACUUCGAAGCCUGGAGAGUACACAUAUCAGUUCUCCGACCUAGCAGAUAACCUCUACGACAGCGCGACGAAUUCUCGCUCUUUGACUGUGGCUCAGCGCGUUAACGCCAAGCCAUCCGCUGCUUUCGUUAAGCCUGGGCAGUCGUUCAAGUACUGCAAGACGGAGCAGGACAGGGAAGACACAAUUCCCAUCACACUCAACGGUGUUGCUCCGUUCUACGUCGAAAUCGAGAUCAAACAUCACAGCGGCACUGUCCCUGAGACAUACAGAAUCCCGUCGAUCCAGACUAACUCGUACGGCAUCCACAUUCCGAGACAGCAUCUGCGCCUCGGAAUCCAGCAUGUUCGCAUCCGCGAAGUCAGAGAUGCCCGCGGAUGCCAAAAGAAGUACGAGAUUGGUGCGCCAUCUGUACAGGUGCACCUUCACGAUGCCCCGGCCAUUUACCCUCUCGAGAGCCGAGGAGAUUACUGUGUUGGUGAGCGUAUUGCCUACACCCUCUCCGGCACGCCUCCCUUUGAGAUCUGGUAUGAUUUCCAGGGCCAGCAACGCAAGGCCAAAUCUGGCACAACCAAUUUCCGCCGUAUCGCCGAGUCUCCUGGCGAAUUCGUCAUCACAUCCAUCUCUGACAAGGCCUCGGAGUGCCGUGCCUCAGUCGACAUCACCAAGACCAUUCACCCUCUUCCGGCCGUCAAGAUUAGCAGAGGCCGACAAACCCGCGUGGAUAUCCACGAAGGCAACGAGGUCGAGAUCCUCUUCGAGUUCUGGGGCACCCCGCCGUUCGAGUUCACCUAUACACGCAGCUCCAAUGCUCGCAAGGGCCAGAAGAGCGUGGUACUCGAGACGCGACACGACGUCUCGUACGAGAGCAGCAAGAUCAUCCGCGCAAGCCAAGAGGGCACGUACGAGGUAGUCGCCAUCAAGGACAAGUUCUGCGCCUUCUCCACACAGCAGGUUGCCGACACUGGCAAGGACCAGAAGCUGCUGCAGUAUUAG